UCCAAAUAAUAUUUUGAUCCUUCCAAAUGUGGUUCGGGCCCCUGAUUUAGACCCAGUUGGGCUUGGGUCGGACCAAUUUUGGUAUUGUUUGGUUUGUCUCUUUGAGACAUUCAAUUUGACAAUAAGUUUGUUGAAAUUGGAUUUCAGAUGAUUCCGAAUUUAAUUUUGAAAGUUUCCAACUUGAAUUUUCCUCGAGAUUCGUGCUCGAUCAAAGGAAUUUUUGAGGACAUAUCAAAUCUUAAAAUCAAUAUUCAAAUUAAUUGCCUAUGUUAUGUUAUUUCUUGCCGAAUUGGAUCAAUUUUCUAAAUAAUAAGUGACAAAGUUGUCUUUUUCUAACUCUAAGCGACAUUAACUUCCUCUUAAAAUAUUCAAUGACUGAAUCAAAAUGUACAGCAAAAAGUAACACCACGUACUUCAAAUAAAAAUUCAAAGCCACGCCUUCCAAAUUUUAACUAAAUUGAUCAACUUUAUUUAUAAUUCUUAUAUUAAUUCAAUUUUUUAAUUCUUCCAAACUCUCCUAUGUAUUUCAAUCUCUUCCUAAAUUAUCUAUUUAUUCGUUUGCUGCCAGCAUAAAAGAAUGCAGCAGAAUCUCUUUAAUUGGCCAAAUAUUUCAAAUAGCAUAAUUUUACUUGGAUUCAAAUUCAUUCUUAUUUUCAGGUGCAAAUUCUAGUCUCCUAUUUAGAUUUCAUUUGAGAUUUGGGAUAAUUUUCUUGUUGUUUUAUAAAAUAAUUUUUUAGUUUAUCUAAAAAAUUUAUUCAACUAGAUUUUUUUUACUAAAAAUCUGCUUUCAAAAGCAGGAAAAAAACUAUCCCAAACAAAAUCUUAAGUUGACUGAGCAAUUGCCUUUCAAUCAUUUAUCCUCUUUAAUCUUCUAAAUUUAUCAUCCAUUUUCUAUAUGUGCAUACACAUGCAUAAAUUCUAUAUGUAUAGUGGGGAGAAUGGCAGCUCAGCACUCUCCUGAGAUAUCUGAUUCCUCUUGCAGUGAUGAUGGAAAAUUAAGAACUGGAACAGUAUGGACAUGUAUAGCUCAUAUCAUAACAGGAGUCAUUGGUGUUGGUGUUUUAUCCUUGGCCUGGAGCACUGCCCAACUAGGAUGGAUUGCAGGGCCUUUGGCCCUGCUAUGCUUCGCUCUAUUGACCUUCAUCUCUUCCUUCUUACUUUCUGACUGUUAUCGAUCUCCACAUCCUGUUAAUGGCACCAGAAACUAUUUUUACAUGGAUGCAGUUAGAGUGACCUUAGGCGAAAAGCAUACUUGGUUCUGUGGGUUUUUGCAAUAUCUGAGCUUGUUUGGAGCUUCUAUUGCAUUUGCUAUUACAACUACAACUUGUAUAAGGGCUAUACAUAGAUCAAAUUGUUAUCAUAAAGAAGGUCACAAUGCUCCAUGCUCAAGUGAAGAUAGCUCAUUCAUGUUGUUGUUUGGCAUUGUCCAAAUUUUUCUCUCUCAGAUUCCAGAUUUCCACAACAUGAAAUGGCUCUCAGUUGUGGCUGCUAUUAUGUCUUUUAGUUACUCUUUUAUUGGAUUUGGAUUAGGCUUUGCUAAAGUGAUUGGCAAUGGAAUGAUCAAAGGUGGGAUUGGAGGAAUCCCUGCACCAUCCACUGCUCAGAAAGUGUGGCGAAUUUCCCAAGCUAUUGGAGAUAUAGCAUUUGCAUAUCCAUAUUCUGUAAUUCUUAUAGAGAUACAGGAUACUUUGAAAUCUCCACCUUCUGAAAACAAAACCAUGAAAAAAGCUUCAAUGGCAUCCAUCAGCAUCACAACCUUCUUCUACCUUUGUUGUGGAUGCUUUGGCUAUGCUGCCUUUGGCGACGACACGCCGGGAAACCUCUUGACUGGAUUUGGAUUCUAUGAACCUUAUUGGCUCAUAGACAUUGCCAAUGCUUGUAUCAUACUUCACCUACUGGGAGGCUAUCAGGUAUUUUGCCAACCAAUCUUUGCAUUCAUUGAGAGAUGGCUAGCCAAGAAAUAUCCUUCAAGCAGUUUUGUUAAUGACUUUUACACCAUCCAGCUUUGGUUCUUACCACCCUACAAAAUCAAUCUAUUCAGAAUCUGCUUCAGAACUCUUUAUGUUGUAUCAACCACAACCCUUGCGAUUGCUUUUCCUUACUUCAAUCAAGUAUUGGCUUUGCUUGGGGCCUUCAACUUCUGGCCAUUAGCCAUCUAUUUUCCAGUAGAAAUGUAUUGUGUUCAAAGAAAUAUAGCUCCUUGGACAUCAAAGUGGAUUUUGCUUCAAGUCUUCAGUGUUGUAUGCUUGCUUGUGAGCAUUUUUGCUUCAAUUGGAUCCAUUGAAGGGCUCUUUAGCGAGAGACUGAAGUGAGCUGGUACUUGGUUUAUAUGAAGCUUUGAUAUAUUUGUAAAAAAUGAAAAGGAAGUUAUGUUUUGUGGAAUUGGUGAUGAGAUGAGAGUGAGAGAGGCAAAAUUUGAAAACAUAAUAUGUGAUGUAAUAUAUCAUGUCCGAUGAAAGUAUUUGCUAUUUAUAGCUAGCUUGUACCCAUAAACAAAAAUAUGUAUCCAUUUCAUGAAACUUCCAAUCAAUAUGAGUUCUCAA